AUGAGUGACAGAGGAAGCGUAAAAGACUGCAAGGUGAUCUUGGGUGAGAGUGUAACCAGCCAGCACAGACCACUUGUAUGUACACUGGGCAGAAGUGUAACACCAAGGAGGAAAGUAAUAGGAGUACAAAGAACAAAAUGGUGGAAAUUGGCAGACAAAGAUAUGCAGAGCCAGUUUGUGGCAGCAGCAAGAGACAAACUACAGCAGAGUGAAAGGGAAGGAAAUAGGAGCUUUGAGGAAGUGACGGAAGACCUGAGAAAGCUAGGAGAAAGACUGUUAGGGAGAACAUCAGGAAAGUGCAAACCUGGAAAAGAGACAUGGUGGUGGAAUGAUGAGGUACAGGAGAGCCUCAAGAGGAAGAAGGAAGCAAAGAAAACCUUAGACAUGGAGAAUAACGAUGAGAAUAAAGAAGUAUACAAGUUGGCAAAGAAAGAAGCAAAGAAGAGUGUUGCCCGGGCAAAGGCAAGAGCAUACCAAGUGCUGUAUGAGGACAUGGAGACUAUCGAUGGACAGAAGCGGGCACUGAGAAUGGCGAAGCAGAGAGACAAGAACUCAAAGGACAUCUACCAGACAAAGCUAAUCAAGGAUGAAAAGGGCAAUGUGUUAGUGGAAAAUGCUGAGAUACUGAAGAGAUGGCAGGAAUAUUUCAACAAAUUGAUGAAUGAGGAGAACCCUAGAGAAAGCAGGCAAGAGACCCAGAGAGUCGUGGAGAAAAGGACUAUUGAGAUCACAAGCGAGGAGGUGGAGAAAGCUAUGAAGAAGAUGAAGAAUGGCAUGAUGAAAGUGCAGGAGAGCCGAUUAAGGAACAUCGUGGAGAUUAGUGAGGAACAGUUUGGCUUCAUGAAAGGCAAGUCAACAACAGAUGCCAUCUUUGUGUUGAGGCAGUUACAAGAGAAAUUCAGAGAGGGCCAGGAAGAAUUACACGGUGUGGUUAUUGACCUGGAGAAGGCCUAUGACAGGGUACCAAGAGAGGAGCUCUAUUGGUGCAUGCGAGAUAAAGGGGUACCUUAG